UCGCGCCGUGGUUGCGUCAGCGCGUGGCGAUGACGUAUAUAGUGCGCGGCGCCGUUCAGAGUGUAAUGGGAGCUGCAGAUUUGUUCUUUAUUUUGAUCGUGUGAUCUGUGAAUGGCGCCGAAACAGGACCCGAAACCCAAGUUUCAAGAAGGUGAAAGAGUGCUGUGUUUUCAUGGGCCAUUGCUCUACGAAGCUAAGUGUGUGAAAAUCAACGUCAAGGAUAAACAGAUCAAAUAUUUUAUUCAUUACAGCGGGUGGAACAAAAAUUGGGACGAAUGGGUUCCUGAGAGUCGUGUUCUGAAGUAUGUGGACAGUAACUUGCAGAAACAAAAAGAGCUUCAGAGGGCUAAUCAAGACCAUUAUGUAGAAGGAAGAAUGAGGGGAGCUGCACCAAAUAAGAAAAUCCCUGCCCCACCGCAGAAAAAUGAAGUGAAAGCCAAAAAGAACAAACAGAAAACUCCUGGAGCCGGCGAAGGCACGAGCUCAGGAGGAGACCCGACCCACCCCCCGAGGAAGAAGAGGGCCCGGGUCGACCCGACUGUGGAGAGUGAGGAAACUUUUAUAAAUCGUGUCGAGGUCAAAGUGAAAAUUCCAGAAGAACUGAAACCCUGGCUCGUGGACGACUGGGACCUGAUCACCCGACAGAAACAGCUUUUCCAUCUCCCAGCGAAAAAGAACGUGGACGCUGUUCUGGAAGAUUAUGCAAAUUACAAGAAAUCAAGAGGAAACACUGACAGCAAGGAGUUUGCGGUGAACGAGGUGGUCGCUGGGAUCCGGGAGUAUUUUAACGUGAUGCUCGGGACUCAGCUGCUCUAUAAGUUCGAACGGCCUCAGUACGCAGAUGUUUUGGCCAAUCACCCCGACACGUCCAUGUCCCAGAUCUACGGAGCCCCUCACCUGCUCAGACUCUUCGUGAGAAUCGGUGCCAUGUUGGCGUACACGCCGCUGGACGAGAAAAGCCUGGCGCUGCUGCUCAGUUACCUCCAGGAUUUUCUCAAGUACCUGGUGAAAAACUCUGCCUCGCUGUUUAACGCCAGUGACUACGAGGUGGCGCCGCCGGAGUACCACCGUAAGGCCGUGUGACGCCCGCCGCCCGCGCGCCCGCCGCCCGCCGCCCGCGCCGCUCACGGGCGUCUGAGGACAGACGGGGAGAGUCACUUUUUCCUUGACUAAUCUCAUUUUGUUUCAUGUGGAGCAGUUUCAUAAAAGCACUUUGUGUGUGAUGUUUUCAAGUACCACUUUUUUAGUUUUUCCUGAUGUUUGUCAAAAAAAAAAAAAAAAAAAGAACUGAACUGAACUGAACUGAACUGACCUUUGUCCAUCAUCAUUUUCUAGUAAAAGUCUUUUUUUUUUUUU